AUGGCUGACACGACUUAUAGUCGUGUAUGGCGUAUGCUCUUGAUUUUAUUGAUGUUUGAAGCUAUUUUUAACGAGUUAUCUUAUGCGAAGCUCUAUAACGAUAACAGUAAAGUGCGAUCGAAUGGUUUGGUGAUGAAUGUGCAUUUAAACAACGAAAUUAGACUGAAGUCAUUCGCCUGGAGGCAAACGUGCAAGAAAGUCAAAGUCAAAUAUAUGGGCUCAGCAUUUACAUCAGGGAAGCAAUUGCUUCGUCUCACGAAUUUUGCUUUGGCUGCGCUUAUUUUACAACGCUCUGGCGAUGUUGCUUUAUUACUGAAUCCUGGCCCCAUAUCUACUCAGUUGCCAAAGAAACACCUUCACCUUGGUCAAGUAAACGUUAAUGGUCUUAGGAACAAGACAAUGGAGAUUAAAGAUUUGUUGAACGACACUGGAAUUCAUCUCCUCGCUCUCACUGAAACGAAGUUGGACAACCUAAUUCUUGACGGUUCUGUGGCUAUUGAGGGCUAUCAGUUUUUAAAAAGGAAUAGAAAUGGACAUGGGGGAGGAAUUGGCUUAUAUUCUAAAGACUGUUUAGUCUGUAAAGUAAGGAAUGACCUAUGCUCGCCGUAUAUUGAAGAUCUCUGGGUUGAAAUUUGCAGACCAAAAGCGCCCAAGAUGUUGUUAGGAAUAUUUUACUGCCCCCCAAGCGCUAAUAAAGACUAUAUGACUCAUGUGUAUGACUCUUGGGAUAGGGCCACGGACGAAAAUUAUGAAACAUACGUAUUAGGUGAUUUUAACAAAAAUUUGUUUAACCAGGAAGACUCAGCGCUCUUAAGAUCGUACGCUGACAUUUGUGGUCUAACUCAAACUGUAUCCGAAGCGACAAGAACAGUAAAUACUGCUCGUUCUACAACAACAACAUGCCUUGAUCUUAUAUUCACCAAUAAUCCUGAACAAAAUAUGUCUCAUUGUAAAGUUAUUUCUGUAGGUUUUACCGAUCACGAUCUUACGGUAUUGUCGAUAAAGUCUAAAAUUCCCAAAGGACCUUCGAAAGUGGUUUACAAACGCAGUUAUAAGCAUUUUUCUGCAGAGAAAUUUAUUAAUGACUUGAAACUUAUUCCGUUCUGGUUGGUUGAAUCGUCGGAUGACCCUAAUGAGGCACUUGAUACAUUUCUUAAUCUGUUCAGAGAUAUUGCGGACAUUCAUGCCCCUAUUAGGAAAUAUACAGUUAAAUCAAAGCCACCUCCUUGGAUAACUCAAAAUAUUCGCGACUUAAUGUUGAUGAGAGAUGCAGCAAAACGUGAGGCGAAGGUCUCUGGUUUUCCUUCUGACUGGGCGGUUUAUAGGAAAUUGAGAAACCAUGUCGUUAAGGUCAACAGAGAAAGCAAAAGAGCAUGUUUUCUUGAAGCUAUUAAUAAUACCAAAAAAGAUCCAAAGUCAAUGUGGAAAACAAUAAACAAUCUGUUAGGACGCUCAAAUUGUCCAAUACCAACUUAUGCAGAGAGUAAUGGUGAAAUUUACACAAAACCUAAAGAUAUUGCCAAUCAUUUCGCAAAGUUCUUUAAUGAAAAAAUAAGGAAAUAUAGAUUUGAGAUGUCCAACCCGAUAGAUACGGAGUAUGUAACUAAAUCAAUUACCGAAAUAAUGACUGGAAAAAACUGUCGGUUUGAGUUCUCAUCUUUAAGUCUUUUAGAAGUUCACAGCUGCCUUGCUAAGCUUCCAGAUACUAAAGUGACAGGCGUAGACGGCAUUGAUAAUUUUUUACUUAGAAUUGCGUCGAAUAUCAUAGCGGAACCUAUUAGAUACAUUUUUAACUGUUCAUAUGCGAAGUCAAUAUUUCCUGAUCAAUGGAAAGUAGCUAAACUACACCCGAUUCCCAAAGAUAAGAAACAGCCUUUUGAAGAUAUAAAUAGUCGACCCAUCAGUCUUCUAAAUGUAUUAAGUAAACUGCACGAAAAAUUUGCGCAUAAACAAAUCUGUCACUAUGUCUCCGAACAUAACUUAAUGCUCAAGAAUCAACAUGCAUAUAGAAUCAAUCAUAGCACUGAAUCUGCACUUUUACAUCUGACUGACAGUUGCCUUGACAACAUGGAGAAUGGUAUGCUUACUGGUGCUGCUUUGUUGGAUUUUUGGUAUGCUUACUGGUGCUGCUUUGUUGGACUUUUCAGCUGCUUUCGACCUGAUUGAUCAUAAUUUCUGCUUCUGAAAUUGAAAUGUUAUAACUUUUCAGAUAAUGCGAUUAACUGGAUCAAGUCGUAUUUAAGUGGGAGAACCUCAACCGUAUAUAUCAAUGGUGCUUUUUCUAAUCCGAUUGAGAUGACUUGUGGGGUGCCACAGGGUAGUUGUCUUGGCCCACUGCUCUUCAGUUUGUUUGUUAAUGAUUUACCAACAGUCUUAACUACAGCUGAUAUCACCUUGUACGCCGAUGAUAGCACUCCGUUCCAAUCUGGACAUAACGCCAGACUCAUAUCAGAUAAACUUCAACUUGACUUAUCUAAAGUUGAAUUAUGGGUCUCGAAGAAUCGUCUUGUUCUUAAUGCUGAUAAAACAAAUAGUAUCCUUAUUGGAAGUCGGCAGAAGAUUAAAUCAGCUCCAUCGCUUAACUUAUCCAUUAAAGAUAAAAUCAUUGAACAACGUCCAUGUGUAAAACUCCUUGGCGUCCAGGUUGACGAGAACUUAAGUUGGAAGCAGCAUUGUGAAGAUCUACUUAAAGAUUGUUCCAAAGCUCUUGGCUUACUGUUCAAGUUCAGCAGAUAUAUUCCAUCAAAAGUUUUAAAGAUUAUCGCUGAGGCACUCAUACUGUCAAAAUUGAACUAUUGUUGUACGGUUUGGGGAUCUGCGCAAAAUCAAGAGUCGAUUAAUAAUUUACAAAAACUUCAGAACAAGGCCGCCAGAUUGAUCCUAGGAUAUAAGGUUGAUGAAAUAUCUAGGGAAAAUCUCCAUGAUGAAAUAGGUUGGUUAACAGUGAGACAACUAGGAUUCAUGUCAGAACCUUAA